ACAUAAAUCAUAUGCUGUCUCUCUUUUGAGUUGGGGUCUUGAGCCAUUACAUUUGUUGUGUCUGGAAAUGGAAAAGUUGGUUGCUGUUUUGCUUCUCGUAUCGGCGGUCGGGGCCCAUGCCGCUUCCUUUCCAUUCAUCCUAAAUUACGUCUUGCUCAUAGACUGCGGAUUGACAGGCAAGACAACCGAACAUUACAACAACCAGAUAUGGUUUCCCGACAGCUUCUUCAUAGAUCCAGGCAAAACCAAGCAAAUCACUUCAUCGCCCAAUGUCCCUCAAAUCAUGACCACAUUACGAUACUUCCCACACGGAGAACACAUGAACUGCUACAGAUUGCAACUAAGCAACACCCAAAAAUACAUAUUCCGGGCUGGUUUUUACUACGGCAACUACGACGGCAAAUCACAGCCUCCGGUGUUCGACCUCUUUCUCGGCGGCCAGCUCUGGGAGACGGUGAACUCAUCCGCGUCGACGGAAGGGCCUGUUUUCCACGAGCUUGUGUAUGCGCCCAAGAACGAUAACAUAUCAGUGUGCUUGAUGGGGAGGAAAGAAUCCGGCGGGACGCCGUUCAUUUCUUCUCUGGAAGCAACUUAUCUGAAUGAGGAUGAGACGCAUAAUCAUACUGUGUAUGGGAUGAUGAGAAAUGGGACGGCUUAUCAUCUUGUUGCCAGGCUCAAUUUUGGGGGUCAUGAUGAGGUCGUAGAGCCAUGGUCAGGCUUGGCAGAUCUCUGCGAAGAACGGCUAAACCGUUACUGGACACCACAACCAAUGCCAGGCCACAAGAAUCUCAGCUUUGACGCCACCGCAUGCUCCGGAUCAGCCUACGAAAACCGGCCUCCUAACUCCGUCAUCAACACAGCAAUAUCCCCAGCAAACGCUUCACAAUCAAUCUACGUGCCCGUCAACUUUCCUACCACCACUCCUCAGUCCGCCUACAUCGUACUAUACUUCUACCAGAACCGCAUCGUCGACGGACCGCCAGAAAACCAAAGUGGUACGAGGAAUAUGGAUGUUUACAUCGACGGUGUCAUGAGGAGAAAUGUUAAGCUUGAAGGGUUGAUAUCAGGUGACGUGGUGACGCUGUAUCCGGUUCUGGUCCAAGGCACGGUGAACGUAACGAUUUCUCCGGCGAACGGGACGGUGUUGCCGCCGUUGCUGAAUGGCAUGGAAGUUUAUUAUGCAACUGAACUGGCGGAGGAAGCUAGUAGUUCUAACGGAGUUUUUAAGAUUUCGUGUUCAGUGAUUGUGGUCUGGGUUUGUCAGCUCAUUGUGAGUGUGUUUCUUGGUUUUUGAUCUAGGUGUUUCUUGCGUUUGUAGGGGAUGGAUUCUUAUUUUUGUUGGC